AUGGAGAAAUCAAAGACGAGGCCUCUCAAAACUAUCCAUCUCAAGUCGCGUCCACUUACAACACAUGCCCUGGCAUGGUCUUGCGACGCUGAACUUGCUGUCUCAACAGACGAUACAAUUUACAUAUUUCUACCAGAGUACCCUAGGAGCGGGGGUCCAGAUGACGCAGCGGAAGAUGAAGAGUUACAAAGCCAGUAUACGCUUUCCUACCGCGCCUCGGGCUUGAUCCGUCCAGAUCCAACGAUCAACGCUCAGCUUUGUUCUUUUUCGGGCAUCAGAGUGGCAGGGCCACCAGCUAAUGAUGAGAACUGGUUUCCCGGCGUUGGAAGUGGCCUAGUCACUGGCUCAGGUGCUCCCAUCUGCCAGAUUGUGAGAUUAGAAUGGUCGCCAAAUGGGCUUGGAUGCAACCUCCGGCCCAUCCUGACGGCGCUUUCUACAAGUGGAUGCAUCUAUGUGAUCGGAGAACAUAUCGACCGACAAUCUGCCAUGAUUGCAGGCAUGCGAUCCAGAAGUUUCAAGGCGUGGAAGACACUUUGGGGUCUUGGGGCUCAACUUCCGCUGCCAGAUACUAAUGAGGAGGAUGGUUACCGGAAUAUGAAUGAGCGUAUCCAGUCCUUCUCAUGGGCCAAGGAAAUUGAUACAGGCAGGGGCUUAUUAGCAUACUGCAACGAUGUGGAAGACGUUGUUAUUAUGGCAGUGCAACUCUUCUCUCGGCAAAAAGAGAUCGAUCCUGCUAGUGAAGAAACCAUAUGGGACAUCCAGGAAGUCAAUCGGUUCGAUGGCAAAGGCCGGCAUACCAAAGAAGAUGCUGUGGAUAUCACAGAUCCAGAUUACGUCCCUUACGGAAGCGCCUUCUCCCUCAAAUGGAGUCCUUGGUUCAGAGGUGAAGGUAAACGUAUAUCUAUACUCGCGUAUCUAUCCAAGAACCAUGUCGGAUUCCGGAGAGUCGCCAUCCUCGAUAAUUGGGAAAGGGGUCAAUCGCCACAGGUUGAAGUCGAGAGCACAGAUGCGACAGCUAUCUGUAUGUUUCUUUCUACAGACGCAUACGUUGAGUGGCAGGAUCAGAUCAUCUACGAUGGUGAUAAGCCUACAGCUCGAGGAGUAAUUGCCACGCCCUUCGAUGUGAAGCCAUUCCAGGUUUCCCUUGUGGCCAGUGCUGAGGGGCCAUCUGAACCCCAUUAUACUUGGGAGUGCUCGACGACAUAUCCCGAGGAGAGCGAAGUGGCCUCAUCGAAUCCCAUCACAGGAUUGAUGAUUCACGAUCAGGGUCAUGUAAUGGGAGGAUCCGUUCCAAACUAUUCUAUAGUCAGGUUAUCGGCGACUAUAAGUAAUCAAGAUUGGUUUCAAACAAAUCUCCCUACCGAGAGGGCCUCAGUGCCAAAAUGGGCGGUAAGGAUCCGACGACAAACAACGAGACUGGUACCCAGAGCAACUGCCCUGGAGGGCAUAGACUCUGACUCGGAUGACUCAGAAGAUGAUAUGAUGGAGGAGGAUACAUCACAGCUACAAGUUCCAGAAGCGAGGUACCGCAUCUGGGGUCUGGCGCAUUCGCCUGGUGGUGGGACAACGGCAGUGCUUGUGUCACGCUACAGUACUCUUCACCCAGAAAGAAGAGCGCUGUGCAAGCUGAUGUUUUCUCGAAGAGAUGAAGAGCGCGGGGAGGAGGCUGGCACAAUUGCGCCAACGAGACAACUGACGACUGAAGGGCAAGUAUGGGAGUGGAUGUAUGGGAACGGCCCUGAAGUUCUCGGAACUACUUCCACGAGCAAGAUCUCACCAGAGAUGCAUAACACACCCCUAAGGGAGCAGUUCAAGGACAUUGCGGCACACCAACACUGUGUUUUCUGCGAUUCAGCGCUACGAUUGGAAGAGGAUGUAGCCAAGUGUGAGAAUGACCAUUUGUUUGCUCGUUGCGCCUCAACAGGCCUCGCUAUCAUGGCUCCAGAUAUAUCAAGAAUAUGCGCUGUUUGUGAGCUGCGAUGUCUUAAAGUUGCAGAGUUGACUCGUGUUGCUGUCGAGAAUUUUGGGCCAGGAACGAGGAUAGAAUCUUCUGGAGAAGUUUGCGGUGGAUGUGGAGGAAAAGAAUAA